AUGGGAGGUAAUAGACGGGAAAUCAGAAACAGAAGGAGCAAAGUGGCUUUUGGGGGACGCGUCUGCCUUUUCUUGUCUUUAAAACGAAACAGCCCUAGCUGGCCUCGAAUUGCGGCAGUGACGAGACGUGGAUUCAGUGGGCAACGACUCGUUCCCUCUUACCUUACUGUAGCAGUGGGCGGUGGAGUGGACGCCUGGCAGAGGGGUGGGUCCAAGCCGCGCCUGAAGCUCCCGUCAUCUUUGGUCUUUGCCUUCCCUGCCUUGCCUUACCUUAGCAAUUCGAAGUUUGCUGUGAGUUAA